CCAAAAUCAUUCGGGAAAGACCCUGUCCGGUGACGUCCAUUCUAGGGACUAUACAGCCUGGCUGACGCGACUACACAUAGAGGAUAUUCUGGAUCUGGUGUCAACCAGACUACUACUAUUAGCAUCCUACAGGAAGGAGAUAAAUUACUUUAAUUCUGACAGUUUUCCUUCGUUUCCGGACGUUUUGGGUGUAGGCACUGGGGCGAUUAUUUUAUUUUAAAGGGACUACGCUGAAAAAAAAAAUAGAAAACGGUUUUGUUUCGGGAACAUCAAAGUAACUGUGUUGUUAACUGCUGUAAUUUGAGAUAAACUACAUCGAUUGUUAUUUCCCUUUAUUUCUGAAUGUCUGUAUGGAGUCAAAGUCAUAACUUGGCGCAGGUGUAGUUGAAGGCUAUGUGGUGUGGUCGUGUAACAUUCCAAACACCGUUUCCCGAAAAAUCUGCCUUUCCUGUCGGAAGCCUGGAGAGUUGAGAGAGAGAGAGAGAUAGAGAGAGAGAGAGAGGGGCGAGCCCCCGAACAUGAUCUCACGGAGCGGGAAUGCGAGGAGCCAUGAGCUGGUCGGGUUCCCACGGCGGGCUGAGCUGCUCUGGAGCCGGGAUUAACCUCGUCUACCUCUCGCUGCUGCUCUGGAGCUCCUGCUCUGGCAUGGACGGACUGGCUGAUUUCUCAAAAUACCUGUCCCGGAUCAUUACCAGUCACUCUGUGCAUGCGUGCGACGGACAGCAGGUACGUCUCUACUGCCCACGCCACUCCACCAUCUCUAUCCAGUCGGCGUUUUACGGACGUGCCGACGCAACGCUCUGCACCAAUGGGACGGCUGCGGGUGUCAGAGCGGCCAACUACAGCUGUUCCGCGUUGACGACCCUACAGAAGUUACUGUCAGAGUGUCAGAGCCACAGAGACUGUCAGCUACCUGUCAAUCACCUGGUGUUUGGGCCCGACCCCUGUCCUGGGACCAUCAAGUACCUCCAUGUCACCUACAAGUGUAAACCUACUGAGCAUAAGAGCAGUGUGGUGUGUGAGGGAGAGAGGCUGACGUUACACUGUAAGCCUCCCAGAGUGCUGAUCAUCUACACAGCUGCUUACGGUAGGGGUCUGGGCCACACCUGUCCCUCACAGGACAGAGGAACACCCCCGUUUGAGUGUUUGAACCACAAUGCGGUUCACACUCUGUCACAGAGCUGCUACAGCAAACAGAGGUGUGUUGUCGCCGUAGACAACCAGACCUUCAGAGACCCCUGCUACCCUGGAACCAGGAAGUACCUGACUGUACUCUACUCCUGUGUACCACAGACAUUACUGCAGGAAGCAGACCCAGGUGUACUACACAGACCCACCUCACACCCAAAAGCCCACCCCGGUGCUCCCCCAGCCCACCCCGGUCCUCCCCCAGCCCACCCUGGUCCUCCCCCAGCCCACCCAGAUCCUGCAGAUGUGGCUGUCUUUCCUAAGGACUCUAGAACACCAGGAAACACAGGAGUCAUGAUGAGUAACUCUGUUAUGACUUACUCCUAUAUUAAAGAGCACCCAGAGACUGCUGCGUUGCUGUUCACCUCCAGUGUGUGUGUUGGUCUGCUACUCACCCUGCUGGCUGUGUCUAUCAGACUGACCUGUAGGGGGCUCCGCCACACACACAAAACACAAACAUGCAGGAGCCAGGAAGAGGAGGAUGAUGAUGAUGAAGAAGAGGAGGAGAUGACUGACUGCUCGCUGCUGUCGGACUCAGACAGGCAGCUGGCUUACUGCUGGGAGGAAGUGAGCUACAGGACAGCGGACGCGGAGAGGCUAGAACGCAUGGAGAGGAGGGACAUGGUGAUCCAGGAGAUCUGGAUGAACUCUGAUCUCUACGGGACGUCCUGUGAUCAGGACCAGACUCCUUAUCUACCACUCAGUUACACACAGCUGGAGUAACAGAACCAGACUCCUUAUCUACCACGCAGUUACACACAGCUGGAGUAACAGAACCAGACUCCUUAGCUACCACUCAGUUACACAGCUGGAGUAACAGAACCAGACUCCUUAUCUACCACUCAGUUACACAGCUGGAGUAACAGAACCAGACUCCUUAUCUACCACUCAGUUACACAGCUGGAGUAACAGAACCAGACUCCUUAUCUACCACUCAGUUACACAGCUGGAGUAACAGAACCAGACUCCUUAUCUACCACUCAGUUACACAGCUGGAGUAACAGAACCAGACUCCUUAUCUACCACUCAGUUACACACAGCUGGAGUAACAGAACCAGACUCCUUAUCUACCACUCAGUUACACAGCUGGAGUAACAGAACCAGACUCCUUAUCUACCACUCAGUUACACACAGCUGGAGUAACAGAACCAGUCUCCUUAUCUACCACUCAGUUACACACAGCUGGAGUAACAGAACCAGACUCCUUAUCUACCACUCAGUUACACAGCUGGAGUAACAGAACCAGACUCCUUAUCUACCACUCAGUUACACAGCUGGAGUAACAGAACCAGACUCCUUAUCUACCACUCAGUUACACACAGCUGGAGUAACAGAACCAGACUGUUUGAACCUGGAAGAAUACAUUGAAGGGUUUAGGUAGGUUGUCGGGGAAGUAUGUAUAUUUAUAGAUGAAGGUGAAUAAUUGGAGUAUAUUAAUGUUGUAUUUGGAAGAUAAUAUAUUGCGUUUCUUAAACGGGGGGCUAGUCUGGCCAAUGUCUUUUGUGUGAUGAGUAAUUUGUGUAGGUAGGAAAAAAAUAUCUUCCCAGGACAACUUUUCAUCAACUAGUACACCGAGGAAUCUAGUAGAUUUCAUUCCAUUUUGAUAUUCUGGCUCUUUUUGUAUAUAUAUACACAUUUACAUAUAUUAUAUAGUUCAGAUUCUUACCUGUGAAUACAAUGUAGUGGGAUUUAUCAAUAUUUAUAGAUCAUUUGUUAAUCUGGAACCAUUCGGGAAAAUGUGGCCACGCCUGACUUGGCUUCAUUGAUUUGUGAAUUUAAUUUUUUUUUGUGUGAUCAAAUCAAGUUGGUAUCAUCGGCAAAAAAGAAUGUGAAGGUAGGUCAUUGAUAUACAGAUUAUGAAUAACAAAGGUCCAAGGAUCGAACCCUGUGGAACGCCACAGGAAAUCUUCGCACUUGGUAGAUGAACAACCAUUUGCAUACAGAAAUUGUUUUCUAAUCAUAAACAUAAUUAUAUAGCCAUUUAUAUGUAUAAUCAUGACAACCAUAAUUAUGCAAUUUAGCAUGUAUUCUUUCAUGAUCAACCGUGUCAAACAUUCUAGAUCAGUCUAGAAAGACGACAAUUCAUUGUUGUUCAGGGUAUUUUAUUAGGAUCUCUAUUAGCUGUUGCAAAAGCAGCAGCUACUCUUCCUGGGGUCCACACAGAACACAGAACACAGAACAUGACAUAAUACAGAAUAUUAAUAGACAAGAACAGAACUACAUCAAUUUACAAAAGGCACACGUAGCCUACAUAUCAAUAUCUACACACAGACUGUCUAGGUCCAAUAGGGGAGAGGCGUUGUGCCGCGAGGUGGUGGUUUAUCUGUUUAUGAAACCAGGUUUGCUGUUUAUUUGAGCAAUAUGAGAUGGAAGGAAGUUCCAUGCAAUAAGGGCUCUAUAUAAUACUGUAUGCUGUCUUGAAUUUGUUCUGGUUUUGGGGGACUAUGAAAAGACCCCUGGUGGCAUAAGUGUGUGUGUGUCAGAGCUGUGUUUAAGUUGACUAUGCAAACAAUUUGGGAUUUUCAACACGUUAUUAAAACAAGUGAAGCAGCCAGUCUUUCCUCAACUCUUCGCGAAGAGAGAGACUGGCAUGCACAGUAUUUAUAUCAGCCCUCUGAUUACAAUGAAGAGCAAGACGUGCCACUCUGUUCUGGACCAGCUGCAGCUUAACUAGGUCUUUCUUAGCAGCACUGGACCACAAGACUGGACAAUAAUCAAGAUUAGACAAAAACUAGAGCCUGCAGGACUUGCUUUGUGGAGUUUGGUGUCAAGAAAUACUUUAUUUUUUACUGAUGAUUUUUGAGAGCGGUUGUAACCAAGGUUUCCAGAAAGGGAAGAAGUGGUGAAAUAAAGAAGUGAAGUUCACAACAUGACCAAAGAUACGUGGA